CUCUGACACCACGAUUUCGGCUUAGCAACACGGUGCAGGCAAGGUAGCUCAGCCUGCUCCAUUAGGGAGACCUGAAACACUCACGACUUGUCAAAUUCUUGAAUGCAAUUGGGAAGCAGCGCGCAAAGCUAUAGCUGAGCUAGGUUGCGUGCGACCACACGAUCACCAAUCAAGGAUCGUGACUCAUCUGCAGAUUCCCUACAGCCGCAAGCACCAAUUGGGCCAGUUCACGAAGUAACAAGCGAUUUACCGUGCUCGGUCUUUCUCACAUCCGAAUCAUGCCUGCCUCAUCACGCAAGUCGAAGGGGCGUCGCCCAGGAUCCAGCACGGAUGAAUUGCAAAGUCAAGCAGGCACCGCCGGCGGUCGGUCGGCAUCCAGUAGCCCGAAGAGUCUUCGGGCACUGAUGAGCAGCAAUCAGCCCCCGCCAGAGAUACAGGCGAGCAUCGCUUUGGCCAUGCGCCAAAAGCAGCAGCGGCAGCACAACAACAAGCCUCCGCUCAGUGGCAGCAUAUGGUCCUUCGCAUCGGGUAUGCACCUCUGUGCUGCCGCAUACCUCGACGAAGCUCCAGCACCAUCCUCUGCAGCGUCCACAAUGUCGUCGACUUCGGACAAGGACGCAAACUCGCUGAGUUUGAGCGCGAGUCUGUCAUCUCCCCGAUCGCGUCAGAGUCUGAAAGGCAAUUCAGUCCUUGGAAAGACCAAGUCCUUGAUGUUAUCCACUGCAAAGCGUGGAAGCUUCAGUCAGCUCUCUAGGCCAUCCACUUCAUCUGGUCGUGUGGCGGGAGACAAUCAUGCUACCACCACCACUUCGAAGCUGCUUGCCGUGGACAAAGAUCAUGCUACGCCCGACAUAACCAGGCGCAAGUCAACCACAUCCGAAAAGCAUUUGGGCAGCAUCUCAAAGACUGGACCCCCUGCGCUCAGGCACCAACGAUCGUGCGGCUUCGAGUCGCUGAAAAGCAGUCAAGCUCUUAGCAUUCAACCUCGAUCUGUGGGCUCGAUGAGCGCUCUCGCAGUACCUGGCGAGCCCCUGAUUACGGCAAUCAAGACUAUAUGCAUUGCUUCGGACUGGGACGACAAGGUCCUUGCACUGAAUGCCGAGCUCGCUUUCAUGCAUUCUCAGGCGACGCAGACGCAUGCUCUAAGCAAGUCCUCAGCAUUUUAUCUCCUCGUCCUGACUUCAGGCUCGGAUGCAUCCAGGCAGUCUUUCCCUGCAGAUCCGUCGGACAAGCGCAUCUCGACGCUCUCGUUCCUCGGUAUGCACAGAGACCAGAUCGAAGCAAAUGCUCCAGUCGUGGUGCGGAGGACGUGGAAAGAGCUGGAGCUACUCGACGCCCAUCUGCAUGCCUCUCUGGAGGUGCUGUUGACAAAGCCAGAGCACACCAGCGUCACUCGACUAGCGAAGUUUCUUGAGAGCGAAGCGAACGAUGGCUUGGUAAAGCCUAGCAAUGUUGAGUCCACUCGAAGCCUGCGCAAACGACUCUUCUCGCCUACGAAGAGGAAGGAGGAUCAUGUUGAGCCUUUUGCGCUGAUGACUGCUGCAGCGACCACUUCGGACUCUGCCGACUCGGGUAACCCCUCGAUGCAGCGGGUGAUAGCAUUCAAACAAGCGCUAGAUAUUUACUGGCAACGACUGUUCGAAACUUGCGGUGACGCUCUGGCGACCUCAAGAGCAGUAUCGGAUUUCUUUGCCCUUCGUUCAGGCGAUCCAAUCAAGCUGAGCACGCCGCCCAAAGAGAUGCCAGACCAUCACCGCAUCUCCGUCUUCGAUCUCAACGCUCCGAUCACUUCAGAGCAAAAAGAUUCAAAUGCAAAUCCGAAUAACAGCGCACAUUCCGACAUCGAAAGCGCGAAGAGCCUUCGCUCAAAGCUUAGCUCGAGCAGUAGUUCAAAGAGCGUGCGCAUUAUGAUGAAGCCCCCAGCAUCGCCAACCUCGUUGCGUAGCAUAGCCACGUUUGGCAAGCCAUCACACUUCGAUGACUGGCGCACGCCAAGAGGGUCUUGGGGCGAUGGAGGCUACUAUAAACGGGUCGAAGGCAAAAGUAGCAGUCCACCCCAAGACACGACCUUCAGGCCGCACGUGAGCCAGCGUCGACCUGGUACUGCUCUACCUCACGGUGCGCAAGCGCUGCGCAAUGUGUUGGAGGAAGACGACAAGGGGGUAGCCCAAAAGUCUGGACUUGGCGUGCCGAAUCCACUUGACAUCGCGCGUCAAACCGAACGCCGUGCUACAGAGGGAACAUUGACGCACGUGCCUCGCUCUCGAGUUUCGAGUCCCUCAGCCGGCCGGCUCGUCCGACCCAGAACCGCAUCUGAAGCCGAGACAAGCAGUCGGUUGCAGCGCAAGGACAAGGGGGAGCGCACAUCGCUUACAUCGACAACCGACCUGGCAGAUGCCGAGAUCCGCUUUAUCGGCGUGACCAAUCCCUAUGCACGAGAACGCUUCGGGACCUCCUUCCACGUCAUUGGUCGUGAGCCUGCUCGUCAUGUGAAUAUAGAUGGAAGGCCUCACACAGCAAAGGGACUCGAUCCAGCUGCCAGCGGCUGGGCGACAUUUGAACAGGCGGAUAGUCGGCCACUCGCUUCCGCAGUCGAGCAACGAUCAGUCUCGGGUCCAGCAUCGGCCCCUUCCUUGAAGACUCAAUCGGACGUUGUGGAACUCUUGAGAACCGAAACUCGAAGUUCGACAUCCGACAACAAGUCCAAAGGGCCGAGCGCGCACAACACUACGGCAGGUCUGCAGUUGACGUCAGAGACUGAUCGAAUACCUUCAGUGGAACAUUCAGCCCACGUCAGGACUCAUUCUGGUAUGUCUUCCACCCCGUCAGUCAUAGACGCGCUUUUCUGCGCAGCUGUCCAGACCUUGAGCCCUACCGUAGAGCUGGACGCAGACUAUGGCGAGCCCGUCAGCGAGCUAGAGGCUGAGCGUGCUUCGCGACACAGUCCAAAUCCCUUGACCUUCAUGACGAGCUGCCAAGACGCUAGGCCGAGAUCAAGUGCUGAUUCGAUUCAAGGCUGCGAAUACUCCCCUCGACGCUCACACGAGGAUGAACCAGCAUCCUCGUCACUCGCUGUGCCGGAUCAUUUUCUGCUCACAGAUCCCUGCUCGUACGCGCAACGAAUGCUACGACAAACAAGGCUCUGGAAUGGUGAUCUUUUCGAUGAGAAUAGGAGCUCUGUGAGCAUCUCAGAAGAGCACUUCUGGUUGCAACCGCAACGCCGAAAGUCCUGCGCUCCAGAAAGCGCCACCAGCUCGGCAGCGCCACGUAGCGAAUCACUGAGAUGCAGCAAAGAGAGCGCGCAUCAAAGAACAUCUCUGGAGUGGCGCGAAGGCUUGACGCCCCUUUCGGAAGUAGCGAAAAAUCCGAUUGCAGCUAGCUCACCUGGACCGCAUCCUACGGACGAAGCUCUCACCGCGCCGGCUUUCAAGGGCAAGGCUCGCGCCCGUCGAUUGACGCUGGAUCUAUCUGGUGCCAGCUCUCAUGAAGCCCUGAACGAGGUGGCUGCUGAGCCUUGUACAGCGCUGGCAGGUGCUAGGGACUCGCCUCGGAAGCCCAUCGUAGCCAGUCUGCUCAUGCAGGUUGCGGUCGAGCGGGGCAAAAUCUUCCUGCCUCAAAUCAACACCGACUGCGAAUCUAACGAGGAUGGACAAAAUUCUUUGGUCCGGUCUCCAUGGGCGCCAGGACCUUCUGUGUCCCGAUUUUCGUCAAGUCCGCCAUCUUCAUCAGUGCAUGCCGCACGUACGCCUGUCAGCCCACAAAGCGGCGUGCAAACGACUUCUCCUGCGUCGACUGCCUCGCGCGGAGCAGAGCUGCGCAAGAAGCGCUCGCAGCCGCUGAAGCUUGAAAAUAGUGGUUGGAGUGCUCCAUUUACGGAGGCACUCCCUGCGUCUUCAAUGCUGCCCUCGCCUCAAGGAAGACCGCGAUCAAGCACGCAAAACACUCAUAGCUUCGAGGUUCUACCUCUGCAGGACAAAGCUCAGCCUGCUGCCGGUCAUUCGUCAGGACAAGUUCCCGUGAUGACUGCCGUCCUCCGAAGCGGCUGGAUGAGAGCUAAUACUCGUCCUUUGUUCUCUGCAGAGACACGUCUGCAGGUGCCCAGAGUCUCGAGCGGAGCACCGUCGUCGAGCUCGUCGACAAACACCUCGAGCGCGGCCUGGAGCGAGCGGGACAGUGGCGCAUCCCAUGGACACGGAGGCUCUUUGCCACCACCACGCAGAUCAGCCCGCCGGCCUCACAUCUCCAGCAAUUAGACUUUAGCCUCAUUCGGCUCCACACGCACUUCACGUCCGUAGCACUCAUUUGAGCCUUUGCAGCCUGUGGCCGUGAGCGUCUGUUGUCUCGACGUGGUGUUCUUACUCUGCUCAUUCACUCACUUGGUGUCAUAGGACAGUCACCUGCGCUCAUUGCUGCGACGAUCCUUUCAUCCUCUUGGUUGUGUCAAGGGCUCGCAGUGCGGAACGCGGAAUGAUACGAUAGCCCUGAGCCAUAGCUCUUACUGAGCUUUGAGCUCGACUCAUGAGUUGGCUUGCUGAUCAGAUUCGUG